AUGGAGCAGAAACAGCCGAGAGCCUCGCGAAGGUCUGUCUCGUUCAACCCAGAAGCACCAACUUUCAGUCCAACUGCAGCCGAGACCAGCAUGUCUACCGGUAUUGCAGGCCCGACUCCGCCUACCAGCCCGCGACAGAAGUCGAAGAUGCGAGACGUGUUUGAUGAAGACUCGCCUUUCCGGCCUACUAGGGACCUGCGACCCAACUACCAGGGCUACGAAGAGCUCAAGUUCGGAGAGUCCUCGCGGAAGCCACUCAAGCAACAGGACAUGCCGUUGGAUUCUCUUCAGGAGAUGCUACAAGACCACCACAUCACUGUGAACCGUGAACGCCCUGGUGCAAUCUCUCGCCGUAACCUCACAGGAAACUCUAUCAACAGUCCGCGUGGUCUCCUCCCUGGUCAGCGGCUCAACCCCGACUCCAAGGCGCCAGACGUCGGAGAGCUGAGUGCGGGCCUCAGUCCCCCUGGUAUCAAGAACGAGACGACUAACGUCGACUCCUCAGCACGCUUCCUCCAGUCUCACCGUUCUGAAGGCCUUUCAGAAGGCGUAUUGGGUAAGCUCAUAGGACGGGCGCUGGACAAGCCGUUAACCGCGAUUGACCUAGCCCACUACCUCAAAGGCAAGGACGCAUCCCAGGACGACGCCGCUAAGCCACCUCUGCGUCGCAAGAGCUACAUUCAAGAUCGCUAUCCAGAGCGUGCGGAUGAGGAGCGCCAGUCUACCAAAGUUGUUCCCGCGCCUCCAGGCUUCAUGGGCGAACGUCCUCGUAGGAUCUUCGCGGAGGAGCGUAGCUCUAUCAACCCAGUGGUCAUGCAGGCACCAUUACAGCAAGUACCUACAGGCCCUGCGGGAUUCGGACAGCCUCGUCGCUUCAGCAACCUCCAGACCCCCAACUGGCCGUCUCGCCGUGAUCAUGUACCUGAGCUUUCUAGUCCAGGAGAUUACCGCCCACGUCCACGAGCGCUGACCCGUACCAAGCGCACUGAUCAAGGUCCCGAGCCUUCGCACGCCGACAUCUACCCCGACGAUGCGAACUUCAUGCCGCGCCGCCCGUCCUACCAAGCAGAGCCUACAGAGAGGUUCCAAGGUUUCAUGCCGGCGCCGCUUCCCGAGCGUCCGUUCCAUGCAGAGAACACUGUAGUCUGGCCCACUCCCGCAGAAAUGCAUGCACAGAAGCCUAACAACCAACAGAGACGCAGCGGCUUCCCUCGCCAUGUCCCAGCAUUUGAGAGCCCCGCGCCCGUAGUACGCUGGUCCCCACCAGAACCUUCUUCCAUGGCUCACUACAUGCAGCAGUUCGGAGAGCCCUCCCACCCUUUCGCCUUCACUUUCCCGGCUCCCGCUCCCUCUGUCACCCCGCCGUUCGACAUCUUCGAGAACCACCAUGCCCCCACUUAUGCUGACAUCCACGAGACUGACGCCGAGAUGGAGUGCCUCCUGGGUAUUCUUCCCGACCUCUUCGACCUUGAUCUACCUGAGAUGCCGUCCGACGCGCGCCCCCUCACUCCUGGUCAGAACGACGGUACUCGCUAUGGUCUCAAGUACUACGGCAUCGGUUUAGGCGAUACUUGGGCGUGCCCUGCUGCGCGUGAGGACGAGCCGUUCAGGGUUCGCCCCCGUGAUCAUGAUGGUUGGGGUGGAUGGCAGUGGGCUAUCGACAAGGGUUGGGGCAAUGAGUAA